GACUUUUCGUUUCUUGCAUUCCCAACAGCUUGAAGUGCCUUUGCGGACCUUUCUACGCUUCGGUAAAUGUUCUCUCUCGUCGCUCAACGACAUCGAACUUGCGUCCAGCUCGCGAACAUGUUUGUGAUGUUGUACAGUCGUUGAGAUAGGCAUUCGGUGGAAGGACGGAACCUCGGUCGAAAAAGUGGGGUUUGUCAGCAGCCCUUGACCUGCUUCCGCCGAGCUCGGCGGAACGCAACACUGCUCGCGACAGAACACUUCUGACUUGACGACCAGAGUCAACCAGCUCUCGGUGUUGCCUGACCAAGCGUGCUCAGACCCAUGGCUUCGUCCGAGUCGAUGGGCUAUAUAAUGUGGCUCGACGACUGCUAGAAUUUGAGAAACUCAAAAAGCUCGACAACAAUUUAGUCAUACUCCAUCAAAAUGGUCAAGAUCGCACUCGCAGGUGGCUCGGGAAAUGUCGGAUCGGAGAUCAUCGAGGUUCUGGCCGCCUCUGGCAAGCAUGAAAUCUUGCUGUUGUCUCGCAAGGCUGCCUCUAUCGAAGCCAUACCUAAGGGAGUGACCUGGAAACAGGUAGAUUAUCAGAACCACACUCAGCUCAUCGAAGCAUUGGAAGGCGUGCACACCCUCCUCUCCUUUGUGUAUGACCAAGACGAUCCAUCUGGUCCUCUGCAGAAAGCAUUGAUCAAUGCUGCGGUUGAUGCUGGAGUACAGCGAUUUGCGCCCAGCGAGUGGGCGUCCUCUGGCGUUGAUCACAUCAGCUGGUACGCCUACAAAGGCGAGAUCCGUCGCUACCUGGAGGAGCUUAACAAGAACGAUCAGAUCCUGGAGUACACACUCUUCCAGCCCGGUCUCUUCUUGAACUAUUUGACAGCCCCCUAUAAGUCAUCGAGCCAUCUACUACAGACCCAGACUCCUUUCGACUUCGAUAAAGGCCGUUUUAUCAUGAUUGACGGUAGCGAUGACGAUCGGAUCACCUUCACCACCGUCCAAGACUUCGCUCAGGUUGUCGCUAGAGCUGUCGACUUUGAAGGCAAAUGGCCUGUCAUCAGCGGUGUGUCUGGAGUCGAAUUGUCUCUCAAGCAGAUGCUUGCCCUUGGGGAAAAAGUCAGGGGUUUCCAAUUCCGAGUCGAGAGAAUUCCCCCGGAUCAACUCAAAGAUGGGUCGUGGACAAGCUCCUGGUCACCUAAGAUUGACCAUCCUUCCAUCCAACCUCAGGAGGACGAUCAGCUGUCGAGAUACAUGGUGUCUAGCAUACUUCAAGCCGUGUCUGCGGGAGAUUUCAUCUGUUCAGAUGAGUGGAAUAAAUUGCUGCCAGACUUUGAAUUUGCUGCAGCUGAAGAUUUCCUGGCCGAAGCCUGGAAGGGAAAGCCUUGAGAUCCGACUAGUCAAGACAUGUAACAGGUUCAGUCUCGGACAACCACAUUCUCCUGUGUAUUUGCCAGCUACGCUUUCUAUGUGUCAGUUGUACUUUCCUACAUUUGUUUUCUGUAGCUUCGAAAUACAAGAGCUUCAUUGGCCUGUGACUGGGAUGGGUAGAAGCCUCCAACCUCAAGUCAUAAGAAGACCCUGUCAACGAUGACUUUUGGCCACUCG